UCGCACCGCCCCUCCGCCCGGGCCAGGCGGCGGGCGAGAGCGGGCCUCCGGGCGGCGGCGGCGGACGCGGCCUGAGGGAGCGGCCGGCUGCCGCGCGGGGCUCGCCUCGCCCGCGGCGGGGUCCAUGGCCUGAGCGGCCAUGUCCGGCGUGGUGCGGACCCUCAGCCGCUGCCUGCUGCCGGCGGAGGCCGGCGGGGCCCGCGAGCGCAGAGCGGGCGGCGGCGGGGCCCGCGACGCGGAGCGCGAGGCGCGGCGGCGCAGCCGGGACAUCGACGCGGGGCUGGCCCGCGAGCGGCGCGCCGUGCGGCGCCUCGUCAAGAUCCUGCUGCUGGGCGCGGGCGAGAGCGGCAAGUCCACCUUCCUCAAGCAGAUGCGCAUCAUCCACGGCCGCGAGUUCGACCAGAAGGCGCUGCUCGAGUUCCGCGACACCAUCUUCGACAACAUCCUCAAGGGCUCGAAGGUCCUGGUGGAUGCGCGGGACAAGCUGGGGAUCCGGUGGCAGCACCCCGAGAACGAGAAGCACGGCAUGUUCCUCAUGGCCUUCGAGAACAAGGCCGGGCUGCCCGUGGAGCCCGCCACCUUCCAGCUGUACGUGCCCGCGCUGAGCGCACUCUGGGGCGACUCCGGCAUCAGGGAGGCCUACAGCCGCCGGAGCGAGUUCCAGCUGGGCGAGUCGGUGAAGUACUUCCUGGACAACCUGGACCGGAUCGGCCAGCUGAACUACAUGCCCAGCAAGCAGGACAUCCUGCUGGCGCGGAAGGCCACCAAGGGCAUCGUGGAGCACGACUUCGUCAUCAAGAAGAUCCCCUUCAAGAUGGUGGACGUGGGCGGCCAGCGGUCGCAGCGCCAGAAGUGGUUCCAGUGCUUCGACGGCAUCACCUCCAUCCUGUUCAUGGUGUCCUCCAGCGAGUACGACCAGGUGCUCAUGGAGGACCGGCGCACCAACCGGCUCGUGGAGUCCAUGAACAUCUUCGAGACCAUCGCCAACAACAAGCUCUUCUUCAACGUGUCCAUCAUCCUCUUCCUCAACAAGACGGACCUGCUGGUGGAGAAGGUGAAGGGCGUCAGCAUCCGGAAGCACUUCCCCGACUUCCAGGGCGACCCGCACCGCCUGGAGGACGUGCAGCGCUUCCUGGUGCAGAGCUUCGACCGCCGGCGCCGGAGCCGCAGCAAGCCGCUCUUCCACCACUUCACCACGGCCAUCGACACGGAGAACAUCCGCUUCGUGUUCCACGCGGUGAAGGACACGAUCCUGCAGGAGAACCUGAAGGACAUCAUGCUGCAGUGAGGCGGCCCGGCCGCGGCGCGGGCCUCCGCCAGCCACUGGAUCCCGGGCGUGCACACUACUGAGACGCCGCGCUCUCCCGCACAGCCGCGCCGUCGGACGCAGCGUCACCGAGCGUGCGUGCGCGCGCGCGUGCGCACUCUCCCUAAUGACGAAACACUGGCCGGCCGGCCUUGCGGACGGCGCUCUCCCUAACCUGCAGGUCUCACCCCAAGCUCUGCCGCCGUAGCUCGUAGGAGGCCGUGUGCACACUGAUGCUGCUAACGCAGUCCCGCGCCUGCCCCGCCUCGCCCGCCUGGGGUCCCGGCGCCACCUCCCGAAGGGAGCGAGUUGCCUUUUGACGCUCCCGUGCCCAGUCCCUGAGAGGCCCCGGCGGCGCAGGCCCUCGGGGGAAGCCCGGGGCCCGCCUCGGAGGGCGGGGUGGGACUCCACGGGUGCGGUCUUGCCUUACUGUCCCGGUGUGCGCUGCCCCUCCUGCCCGCCACCUUCCCCGGGUCUGUGGACGUGCCGCGUCCCUCCCCCUCUAGGCGCACGGGUGCUUACUACUCUGGAUCCGCCCUGCCCGCCCCCGCCCACUGGCAAAGACAACCCAACCGGCCUUGCGGGCGACUGUCCCGCCUCAGGAGUGCCCUCCUGAUGAUCCCUGCUGUCGGCUGCCCUUUCGGCCCGGCAGCUGCAGGGUUACCAGCACAGCCUGCGUUCACGCCCCUGCCGGGGCACCGCUGACACUGCCCUGCAGGAAGCCCACGGCCCGCAGCACCCGAGUUUCUGCAGCCAGUUCCCGUCUCAGCCCUCCUUGCCGUCCGGGCUCCGGCCCAGGGUCCCUGCCUCUUUAGCGCCUACACAGCAGGGGCCACUGCCGGCCUGGGCUCCCAGCUGGGCAGGCGGGAGCUGGGGGCGGGAGCUGGGGGCGGGAGCGGGCUGCUCACUGGCACCCAGUUCGGGGGCCCACUUUCCUGCCAGGCACCACACCGUGUACAAGGACACUGCAUUCCGCUGUCGCCACUGGGAGCUGCUCUGCUGCGAGGCCUGUCUGGGCUCUGGGACUUCCCCCGGCAUUCACAGAAAAGAGAAAAGUCUUCCUCUGUGGCUGGCCCCAGGAUGUCCCUGCGGUUGACUCUCACCUCCUGGGGCCCUUGCCCUGCAGCCACUGCCCCCCUCCUGUGUCCCCUGGCACCCCUCCUGGCUCUGAGUCAGCAGGCCACAUACGCUUGAAUCGUGCGGCAAGGCCGGCCCAGAAGAGGAGGGGCAGCCUGCCUCUGAGGCCGCCUUGUUCCCCCGUGUGCUUGAUGAGGAGACAACAUGAGAUCCUUUCUCUCUGGUGCUCGAGGCUGAGUGGCGGCGUUUGGAGGGUUUCAGCUGCUUUUGAUUUUUGGCCAGAAAGACGCUGCUUGUUUCGUGCUCCUUCCCGUGGCUCUUCACAGGCGGAGAGGCUGUGCCGGGGAUCGGGGCCGCCCGCGCAGCUCGGAGGGAGGGGGCCCUGGCAGCCCGGGUGGCGCUGAGAUCAGGUUCGCUUUUGACGACAGCGGGGCAGCCCCGCUGUCGCUGUGCCGGGUUGUGUCCGUGUGCGAGGGUUCCGCUGUUCCUCUGCACCUUGCAAGUGCGGGCUGCUGGCCCCUCGGCCCGCACACCUGCCGGCAGCCCCGUCUGAGCGCCUCUGCCUCGAACCAGCCCACCACACCUGCUCGUUCACUUCCAUGCGCGCGCAAGGGGCCGGGACCCCCACCGGCUCAGCCCCCGACCCCGUGGCCUUUUGGCCGAGCCUGGGCGUCCCCGGGCCCCGGGAGGAAGGAGUCAAAGGCGUCGGCUCUGAAUUCUGGGAUUCGUCGUGACCAGAGAAGAGAACUGUUUGCAAGGCGAAACUAAACCGUUCACAACUUUGCUACACAUAGGCUGUAGUCAUCUUUGUCUCUAAAACCUCGGCUUUGUAAUUUUUUAUCCUAAUUCCACUGUUAUCCUUGAUUAUUGUCUUUUUUAUUGAGAUAUUGGAGAAGCAGGAGAUAGCUGUGCCUCAUCUAUUAUUGCAGAAAUGUAACAAUAAACUUCCUCGAAACAA